AUGUUCGUCAUCGGUGCUUUUUGGAUGUUCCGGGUUUGGCUGCCUGCUUUGGUCCGAUACCUUCUGGUCUCUGUUUGGUUUUCUCUUACUCGCUUUUGUAUUCCUGCAUUCACUGCAUGCUUUAUCGUUGGCUUCCUUGCUGGUUUGCGGUUAACUGGACACCUGUUUGCUAAAAUUGCUGAUGUCUGGACUUGGAUUCACAUAUGGCUUGACUAUUUCUUCGGCUAUAUUGGACUGCAGAUAUAUACCCCCCUAUGUACCAGCGAAGUGUUGGAAAUAUGUGCUGGACAGACAGUAGAUUUCUGGGUUGCUGCAGAAGGAGCGGGGCCUGUUGCUGAAGCAGAAGCACUUGCACUUCAAAGUCUCAGUAGUCAUGUUCGUGCUGUUGUCGCCACACUUGGUGGCCACCAUGGAGCUGCUUCAUGGCAUGAUAAGUGGCGGCACCUCCACGCCGGAUUCACUGUUUGGCUGUCGAAAUCCAUAGCUGCAGAUGAGGUAAGUGCAAGAGAGGAGGCCAAAAGAAACAUGGAAGAUGGAUGUCUUGCUUACACCAACGCUGAUGUAGUCGUGAAACUUGUUGGAUGGGAGAAGAAUCGCGCACAAGAGGUUGCUUUAGCUUGUUUGAGAGCACUCAAACAACUGAUACUGUCUGAUAAGCAGAUUACAGGGAAGAAGAGUCUGUACAUCAGGUUAGGAUGCCGUGGAGAUUGGCCCAAUAUCAAACCUCCCGGUUGGGACCCAUCCAGUGGGCAUUGAAAUGAAGAAAACUUUAACCUUUCUAGGGAAAUCAUUAAUGAACGCACAUAUUUGACACCACUCUCAGAUGGGACUGUGGAUGGAUCAGAAUGUAUGUAAGUCUAAUAUUCUCUUGGUAUUGUGAAUUUCAAUAUUGAACUUAAUUCUAUUCUAUUUUCCAAAUAUAGUGCUCAUAAA